CAUGGUUCGAAUAUUGAACAAUAUGAAGGAGCUGAGAGAUUCUUCGUUUGGUCGUCCCUGGCCGAGGCACGGACUCAAGCUCCUUUUCUGGUUCGCCAAAGAUUACAUCGUCAUCAAAAAUGGCAACCAGAUGGUUGCAAAUUGCGACCCCAAAGAGGGAGUCUUUGGAUUCCAUCACUUCCAGAACAGACGUGAGUGUGAAAACAACAAGAGGCUGCUUCCUUUUAGUAAGUACCCAUUCUAUGAGGUGGGCAACCUCUACCUCCCAACAUCUGAUUCCAUGCCUGAGUACGUCAGGAAGUACAACACUGGUAACAUAGAUACCAGCAACAUGGACCGCCGCAACAUGGACCGUCUCAUCAUCAGUAUGCGUCCAGACAGGAUAGUGGAUAAGGUCUAUGUGACCCAACACGAAGACCUGAAGAGCUUCGACCCGGUCAACACCUAUCGCAUCAGCAGGGAGUUGCUCAUGAUCAUACGUGGCCAUUCAUUGAGUAACUUCCUGGAACAGGCGGGCUAUAAAAACCAUGAGCAAAAUGUAAUUAUUGAUCUGGGCAUCGUCCCCAGGGAGUCUGGGGAUACCAGGAUUGAUAUGGAAGGUGGAUCCAGAGCUCCACCCAGAGCUGCACCCAGAGCUCCACCCAGAGCUGCACCCAGAGCUGCACCAGGCUUCUGGGAAAGCUACUGUACCAUACUGUAACCAGGCUUCUGGGAAAGCUACUGUACCAUACUGUAACCAGGCUUCUGGGAAAGCUACUGUACCAUACUGUAACCAGGCUUCUGGGAAAGCUACUGUACCAUACUGUAACCAGGCUUCUGGGAAAGCUACUGUACCAUACUGUAACCAGGCUUCUGGGAAAGCUACUGUACCAUACUGUAACCAGGCUUCUGGGAAAGCUACUGUACCAUACUGUAACCAGGCUUCUGGGAAAGCUACUGUAUCAUACUGUAACCAGGCUUCUGGGAAAGCUACUGUACCAUACUGUAACCAGGCUUCUGGGAAAGCUACUGUACCAUACUGUAACCAGGCUUCUGGGAAAGCUACUGUACCAUACUGUAACCAGGCUUCUGGGAAAGCUACUGUAUCAUACUGUAGAUCAGUGUCCUUUAGUCCUGGUCCUGGGGACCCUGAAGGGGGGAUCUUUUUUAGUUUAUCGCCCCAGCACAUUGCAGUUCAUUAUGGUAUGUUCAUUUUCACUAAUACAUUUAGUCAUUUAUCAGACACUCUUAUCCAGAGUGACUUCAGUGCAUUAAACUAAAGGCAGAUCAACAACAACAUCCUGUAUCACAGUCAGAGGAAGUCAACUGUUUCUGUUACCAUUACUGAGAGGGUUGUUGCUGUUGGGGUUCUGCUACUGGUAUGUUAAAAUACAAAAUACACGCAUUUUAAUUAAAUACACUUCAAAAUACACAUAUUUUAAUUAAAUACACUUCAAAAUACA